AUGCAUUUUUCGGUUCUUCUGGUCACUGUUCUAGUGACAUGUGCCAUACAGACACACGGAUCCACUGCUAGAACGGAAAGACAAUUUUCCAAAAUUGAAAAACGACAAGCAACAAAUAAUGCAGAUCAAAUGGUGCAAAAUAUCCUCGAGUGGCUGCAAGGUGUCUACGCUCAAAACAGCAGAAGAAUUCGUCAAGGCACUUUACGUACAUACCUACCACCGCCAAAUUCCGAAAAACCACGCCCGUUCCAGACUGGAUAUCCACCGGCGAAAUAUUAUCCAGAACCGCCGUUUCCGUUCCCAACUAGUCCAGUAACUGGUGGCGUGACAGGACCUGAUGACAAUUUGCUGCCUCCCGAACUGGGAUCAGGCGGUGGAGAAUCUGGCUACACUGGACCAGAGGGUCCUGGAUUGACUAUCUCUACAGAAGGUGGUUUGCUGCCUGGAGGACCAACUACCUCGUUGCCAACCUCAGACAAUGGAGAACAACCAGCAGGUGGUCUAUUCCCAACGCAUGCGGCCGGUAUUCCGGAAGCACCAUCAACAACAUUGCAGCCUGGAGGAAUCCCUGAAGGUGGCCCAACAACAACAUUGCAACCUGGCUAUCCAGCACACGCAGGAGGUAUCUCAGAAGGUGGUCCAACACCAACCACUUUGCAGCCUGGCUAUCCAUCACAUGCAGGUGGAAUUUCUGAAGGGGGUCCAACGACAACAUUGCAACCUGGAUAUCCAUCACAUGCAGGUGGAAUUCCUGAAGGAGGUCCAAUAACAACUGGCUAUCCAACACAUGCAGGUGGAAUUCCUGAAGGUGGCCCAACAACAACAUUGCAGCCUGGCUAUCCAUCACAUGCAGGUGGAGUUCCUGAAGGAGGUCCAAUAACAACUGGGUAUCCAACACAUGGAGAAAGAAUCCCAGAAGGUGGUCCAACAACAACAUUGCAGCCUGGCUAUCCAUCACAUGCAGGUGGAACUCCUGAAGGAGGUCCAACGACAACACUGCAACCUGGCUAUCCAUCACAUGCAGGUGGAAUUCCUGAAGGAGGUCCAAUAACAACUGGGUAUCCAACACAUGGAGGAGGAAUCCCUGAAGGAGGUCCAACAACAACAUUACAACCUGGCUAUCCAUCACAUGCAGGUGAGAUUCCUGAAGGAGGUCCAUCGACAACAUUGCAACCUGGCUAUCCAACACAUGCAGGAGGAAUUCCUGAAGGCGCUCCAACAACAACUUUGCAACCUGGAUAUCAAACACAUGCUGGAGGAGUUCCUGAAGGAACAACCACAUUACAACCAGGAUAUCCGACACAUGCUGCAGGCUUACGAACCACGGAACAACCUGCAACAGCUGGAGUUCAUGAAGGUGGGCCCACUUCAGAACAGCCUGUCUUUCCCACUCAUGCUGCAGGGUUACCGACUACAAAACAACCCGAGGAAGAAGUUCCAACUGGAGUAGAAGGUGCUUCAACAACAGCAAAUCUAAUUCCAGAAGGCACAGGAGUAGGAGUUUCAAUUCAUACAGGCAUUCAAACUACAAGUCAACCUGAAGGAUCUGUAGGACCUGAUCAUGCGCAGCCCAGUAUUGCUCCAGAAGGCACAAGCCAACCUUCACAUGAAGGUACUACAGCUGCUGGACUGCCAGAAUCUACUCCAGGUGUUCAUUAUUCUCUUCAACCUGGUGAUCAAACUGGCACUAGUUUACAACCAGGACCUGAAGCAGGUUCCACACAUUCUCCUCAAGAAAUUCCUGCUGGCGAAGAAACACCAGCUCCUGUCCCUGAAGGAACUCCAUCAGCUUCAGAAGGAACUCCUGGAUCAGAACCAGUACCUGAAGAACCAUCUGCUGGUCCAAGCACAUUGGUCCCUAGUGGCUUUACUACUUCAACCACAGAAGCUCCAAGCGAAACUGAAAAAGCUGGAGAAGAUGUUUUAUCAGUUACUAACCAAGACACAACUAUUAGCCCUGAAGCAAACACCAUUCCAGGAAAAACAUCGCCCAUUGAUGAUGAUGAUCUAAAACAUCCUCCACACAUUCACGCUAUUGAUGUUCAAUGCGGUAAAGAAAGGAUGACCAUCAACAUUGAAUUCAACAGAGAGUUUAACGGUGUUAUCUACUCUAAAGGCUUCUUUAAUACACCCGAGUGCAGAUACGUUCAAGAGAACUCGGGACAAACCAAAUAUACCUUCACAGUCAACUUGGACAUGUGCGGGACUCAAUUUGUUAACGGUUUUGACUCUGAAAAUCAAUCAUAUUUGGAAAACGUUUUAGUAUUGCAAAACGAAGCUGGCAUUCAAGAAGUUUGGGACACUGUCAGAUCGGUCAGAUGUCUGUGGGAAGGCAACCUUAAGGACAGCUUAAGCGUUGCACUCAGCGUUGACAUGCUAAGCCAAGAAAUAGUAACCUUUAGUGGCGACACUGCCAUGGCUAAAUUAGAUGUAGUACUUGGCAGAGGACCAUUUGGAGAACCAGCUAAUGGGUUGGUUAAAAUUGGAGAACAAAUGACAUUAGUUGUUUCGGUAACUGGAGAUCCUGCGUUUGAUUUGCAAGUGAAAGAUUGCAGAGCAGUUGAUGCGGAAAACAAAAAUACUAUAGCCCUUACAGAUGAAGAUGGUUGUGUAUUGAAACCGAAAUUGUUUGGAGCUUUCCAGAAAACCAAAGAAACUGGGGACAGUGGAGCAUCUAUAAUCGCUUACGCGUAUUUGAAUGCCUUCAAAUUCCCUGAUCAAAUGGAUUUGAUGAUUGAAUGUAAUAUUGAAUUGUGUAAAAAUGACUGCGAUAUGUGCACAAAAGAAGAUCAGGUAUUAGAGCCAUCUAAAAGGCGUAAGAGGAGAGAUGUUUCUAAUUCGACUAUUACCGGCGAUUGGGUUACGAUGGGUAAAUUGGUAAGGGUAAUUUUGCCAGAAGAGCUCAACAAGCAAACCGCUUUAGAAGUCACUGCCAGAGACCACAUAUGCAUGUCGAUACAAGGUUUUGUGUUCUCAACUGCCAUUUUAGUUUCUUUGUUGGUAUUAAGUAGCUUUACUUGUGUGUGUUUGUGGAUGAAGAGGAAAGAAAAAGUGUACCUUAAGUAUUAG